AUGGCCACAUCAGAAGCUGUUGACAGCUCAGCUUUAAAGAACGAUACAAGGGAUGAUGCCACAACAUUUGCUGCUUCUCUAAUGGAGCAGGUGAACAGAGAGGAUGUAGCUUCUAUGGUGUAUAUUCAAAGAGAUAUGUUGUCACGCUUUGAGAAGACGAAUGAGAUGCUUAUCAACUUUAAUAUUUUAUCUGCUAAUCGAUUUGAGGUUACCGUAAAAGAUUUUCAAAAACAUACACAGUUACUUUUUGAUAUGAAAAAGGAUUUGGAUACUGUCUUUAAACGUAUCAGGGUCUUGAAGCAGAGACUGGAGAAAAAUUACCCAGAAGCAUUUGCAGCCUGCAGUAGCAUCUACACCCAAGCUUCUGAUAGUGAUGAAGACGGUGAUGAUGAUGAUGAUGAAGACAGUGAUGAAACAGAAGUGACCAUGGCCACAACCCAGGAAAAGUAUCCAGAGAGGGGAGACUAUCUCCCUGAUCUUUCAAACCCACCUCUUGUUACAGUUAGUGACCUUGGGUCACCCACUGAUCAGAUCCUGGGACAGUGA